UUUCUCAGUGAGAAGUCAAAACAAUGGCUGCUCGUUACAUAUUACUCAAUUUAAAACUUGUUUUUCUGAUUGUAGUUUUUAUCUCUUGUGUUGAGUAUACAAUUUCAUCCUUUGUUGAGGGUAAUGGAGAUGAUCAGCCAUUUGAUUUCUCAGUCGAGGAUGCUACUGAGAAUCAUUUCACGUACUCAGACAUGAGUCAUGGGUUUGAGGGAGUGGAUCAAAAUGACAACGACGCAUGGAGUAUGGUGGAGACAAAACAGAACCAAUUUGUAGUAGACGGCCAACCAUUCUAUGUUAAUGGGUUCAACACUUAUUGGUUAAUGAUAUUUGCAGCGGACCAAUCCACGAGAGGAAAGGUCACAGAGGUGUUUAAACAAGCUGCUUCUGUGGGUUUAACUGUUUGUAGGACAUGGGCCUUCAAUGAUGGCCAGUGGAGAGCUCUUCAGAAAUCUCCAUCUGUGUAUGAUGAAGAAGUCUUCAAGGGAUUAGAUUUCGUGAUUAGUGAAGCAAAGAAGUUUAAGAUAAGGUUGAUAUUAUCAUUAGCAAACAAUUGGGAAGCAUUCGGUGGAAAAGCACAAUAUGUGAAAUGGGGGAAAGCUGCUGGCCUCAAUUUGACAUCUGACGAUGAUUUCUUCACUGAUCCAACUCUUAGAAGCUACUACAAAGCUCAUGUUAAGACGGUGCUUAAUAGAGUGAAUACAUACACAAAUGUAACGUACAAGGAAGAUCCAACCAUUUUCGCCUGGGAAUUAAUGAACGAACCCCGUUGUACAUCAGAUCCUUCAGGCAAUACACUGCAGGGAUGGAUUCAAGAAAUGGCUGUGUUCGUGAAGAGCAUGGAUCCAAAACAUUUGCUGGAGGUUGGUCUGGAGGGAUUUUAUGGUCCAUCCACACCCAAUAGAGUUCAGUUCAAUCCAAAUACAUAUGCUCAACAAGUUGGAACUGAUUUCAUCAGAAACCAUAAAGUUCUUGGUGUUGAUUUUGCUUCAGUUCACAUUUAUGCAGACACAUGGGUUUCUCAAGCAAUCUCUGAUGCCCAUCUCCAAUUCACAAAAUCAUGGAUGGAGGCUCACAUAGAGGAUGCAGAGAAGUACCUUGGAAUGCCAGUCAUUUUCGCUGAGUUCGGGGUAUCAUCGAAGGAUCCCGGUUACAAUUCGACUUACAGGGAUAAAUAUCUUAGCUCGGUAUACAAGAUGCUGCUGGAUUCGACAAAGAAAGGAGGGAGUGGAGGAGGAAGCCUGGUGUGGCAACUAUUCCCUGAAGGAACUGACUACAUGGAUGAUGGCUAUGCAAUUGUGCUCUCCAAAUCUCCUUCAACUUCAAACAUUAUAUCUCUUCAUUCUACAAGAAUGUCAAUCUUCAACUCCAUUUGUUCCAUGAAAUGUCGUUGGGGUUGUAAGAAGAAAAAUGUUAUGGAUUUUAUUUUUCCCAACCAAUAUGAUCAUGAUGAGAUGUAAUCUAACAUAAACAAUACUUGUCGUCGAGAAUAUGGGUAUCCUAUCCUUAUGGAUUAUUCGAAAGGGUACAUUUGAAUUUCUUGUAUCAUAAAUAAGAACUUUCUUGAUUGUA